AACUGCAAAGCCCUACUUUAUUUCCCAACUUCCUUCGCUUCCUACUGCCUCUCUUGCUUCUGCAAUUACGCUCCUCCUCGUAUGCUUCUAAUUCUCCAAUUCAAUCUUCAAACCUAAUCAUCCUCAAUUUUUGCGUCUUCUGUUUAUUCAUGAACAACUUUUUUGUUUCUUCUUUGCCAUUAUUGAAACUUCUUAUAAUUUUCAUUUACUGUUGAUUGCACACUUGAUUCUGUUCACUUCUAUCGUUAGAUCCGAAGCAAGAACGUGGAGCAUUUCUCUGUUUAGCAAUCAAUGGCACUGGUCUUGCACGCAGGAAAGACGAAUAAAAAUGGUUUCAAGGCUCUCAUUGUUGCACAGUACAAUGGAGUCGAAGUGAAAUUGGUCCCGGACUUUGAGAUGGGCGUUUCAAACAAAACUCCGGAGUUUGUCAAGAUGAACCCUCUUGGGAAGGUGCCUGUUUUGGAAACGCCCGAUGGCCCCAUAUUUGAGAGUAAUGCGAUAGCUCGCUAUGUUGCACGCUUGAAGGCUGAUACUACUCUGUGUGGUUCAUCUGUUAUUGAGUAUGGGCAUAUUGAACAAUGGAUUGAUUUUGCAUCAUUGGAGAUAGAUUCAAAUAUGGUGACUUGGUAUAGGCCUAGAAUGGGGAGAGCUCCUUAUCUUCCUCCUGUCGAGGAAGCUGCAAUUGCUGCAUUGAAGAGGGCUUUGGGAGCUUUGAAUACAUACCUUGCUUCAAACACUUACCUAGUUGGUCAUUCUAUAACAUUGGCUGAUAUCAUCAUGACUUGUAACCUGUUUAUGGGUUUUACUAAGCUCAUGACUAAGAGCUUUACCUCAGACUUCCCACACGUUGAGAGAUACUUCUGGACCUUGGUCAAUCAACCAAACAUCAAAAGAAUUCUGGGUGAGAUCAAGCAGGCAGAGUCAAUUCUACCUAUUCAAUCUACUAAGCAAACCCCCAAAGAUGAGGUAAAGAAAGAACCCAAAAAGGAAGCUGCUAAAGAGAAGCCCAAGACUGUCGUUGGCGAGGGAGAUGAUGAAACACCAAAGCCAAAACCCAAGAAUCCUCUUGAUUUGCUUCCUCCCAGUAAGAUGAUUCUGGAUGAGUGGAAGCGGUUAUACUCAAAUACCAAAACCAACUUCCGGGAGAUCGCAAUUAAAGGAUUUUGGGAGAUGUAUGAUCCAGAGGGGUAUUCUCUUUGGUUCUGUGAUUAUAAGUACAACGACGAAAAUACUGUUUCGUUCGUAACGUUGAACAAGGUUGGCGGAUUUCUCCAGCGAAUGGAUCUUGCUCGGAAGUAUGCUUUUGGAAAGAUGUUAGUGAUUGGAUCGGAGGCUCCAUUUAAAGUGAAGGGGCUGUGGCUUUUCCGUGGACAAGAGAUACCACAAUUUGUGGUGGAUGAGUGCUACGACAUGGAGCUUUAUGAAUGGAGAAAGGUUGAGAUAUCAGAUGAGGCGCAGAAGGAACGAGUCAACCAGAUGAUUGAAGAUAAGGAGCCUUUUGAAGGAGAGGCUUUGUUGGAUGCCAAAUGCUUCAAGUGAGGUAAAAUGCUGUGCUUUGCAAUUCUCAUCUCCUUUUUGGGUCAUAAGAAAAUAAAAGCUCAAGUUGCAACCUGAACAGAAUUUAACCGAUUAGGUUUCUAAUUAAUUGCUAUAUCCUUUUUCC